CUAGUCUGCGGGUUGGCCGCCAAAACGUGUGGCACAUUACGACGCUCAUUGCUGCCGCCGAGCCGCAGCUGCCGUAACCGCUUGCGAGCUUGUCCUUGCUUUUCCGCGAGCUUCAGCAAGGAACAAGCUUUCUCGCAACGGUGUUUACCACGAGCUACCUCAUCCUUCGUUCACUCGAUCCAUCGAUCUGCCAACUUUAUUUCCCAGACCUCGAUCCUUUCUUGCCGUUAACACUUUCAUACUCCCCCCCACACUCAAGUACUAACUUCCCUUCCAAGAUACCCACAAGUAACACUCACUCCCACAGCAAACACCGGCAACAUGGUUCAUCUUGGCAAGAUCCCAACUGACAAGGACAUCGAGGAGACCAAGAUCCCUGGCCUUGAAGAUGUUAAGCUGGACGCGCCCGGCCAGGAUGAGUUCACCGCCAGCGUGUACGGCUCUCGCUUCGCAGCCAUGGACCUGCCGAAGCAUGAGAUGCCGGCCGACGAGAUGCCCCGCGAGGUCGCCUACCGUAUGAUCAAGGACGACCUGUCGCUGGAUGGCACUCCCACGCUGAACCUCGCCUCCUUCGUGACGACGUACAUGGAGGAAGAAGCGGAGAAGUUGAUGGUGGAAGCCUUCUCCAAGAACUUCAUUGAUUAUGAAGAGUACCCCGUCAGCGCCGACAUCCAGAACCGUUGCGUCUCCAUGAUCGCCCGCCUCUUCAACAUCCCCAGCCACGACCCUAAUGUCAACGCCAUGGGCACCUCGACCAUUGGCUCCUCUGAAGCCAUCAUGCUCGGCACCCUGGCCAUGAAGAAGCGCUGGCAAAACAAGCGUAAGGCCGCCGGCAAGGACUACAGCAAGCCCAACAUCGUCAUGAACUCCGCCGUGCAGGUGUGCUGGGAGAAGGCCGCCCGGUACUUCGAUGUGGAGGAGAAGUAUGUCUACUGCACCGAAGACCGGUUCGUCAUUGACCCAGAGGAGGCGGUCAAGCUGAUCGACGAGAACACCAUCGGCAUCUGCACCAUCCUAGGCACCACCUACACGGGUGAGUACGAGGACACCAAGAAGAUCAACGAUCUCCUGGUGGAGAAGAACAUCGACUGCCCAAUCCACGUCGAUGCCGCAUCAGGUGGCUUCGUUGCUCCCUUCGUCCACCCGGACUUGGUCUGGGACUUCCGUCUUGAGAAGGUCGUUUCCAUCAACGUCUCUGGUCACAAGUACGGCCUCGUCUAUCCCGGUGUCGGCUGGGUCGUGUGGCGUGACCCGGAGUUCCUUCCCAAAGAACUCAUCUUCAACAUCAACUACCUCGGCGCCGACCAAGCCUCCUUCACCCUCAACUUCUCUCGUGGCGCCUCCCAGGUCAUCGGCCAGUACUACCAACUCAUCCGCCUCGGCAAGAAGGGUUACCGCAGCAUCAUGCUCAACCUAACCCGCACCGCCGACUACCUCGCCACCUCCGUCGAGAAGAUGGGCUUCAUCCUCAUGUCGAAGAAGUCCGGCGACGGCCUUCCGCUCGUCGCCUUCCGUCUCAACCCGGAGCGCAAGCACAAAUUCGAUGAAUUUGCGCUCGCUCACCAGCUGCGCGAGCGUGGCUGGGUCGUCCCGGCGUACACGAUGGCGCCGCAUGCCAACUCGCUGAAGAUGAUGCGAGUCGUGGUCCGCGAGGACUUCAGCAGGUCAAGGUGCGAUGCGUUGAUUCAGGAUAUCAAGCUGGCGUAUGAUGAAUUGAGUAAGAUGGACGAGCACAAGUUGGAGCAGCACAAGGAGCACAGACGCGCGCAUGGCACGCGGACGGGCAGGCAUAGGAAUAUCAACACGCAUUUCACGGAUGAGACGCACAGUUUGCAGGGCAAGCACGGCAAGACGCAUGCCGUGUGUUAAAAGCAUCCGGAGAUCGACAUGGGUGUGGAGGAAACACUGGCGACAACCAUUUGUAAGCACGACUCCAGGGGGCCGAUAAUGGCAAAGGCACGAUGCAGUGGACCUGACCUGAGAUGAUUAUGAGAGAUGUCAGCAUAGGCGGAAACGCCCGGUAGAGGUGCCAGGAACCACAUAGGUAGCCUAAGCAUUAGAGAAUGAACUAAAUGCUCCUGCGGUAUUGUACGCCUGCCUUGUACACCGUCAGGCGCCCCGGCGCUGGCGAGGACUCUUGACUUUGUACGUUGCAGCCCAGCUCGGACUAUUAGGACAGUCACAAAAUGCUAAGGUUAUCUGUGCAUGUCCUCCC